AAACUAACUGGACGGAAGCGGAAAUGUACUUGGGUUCCGGUUCCUGUCAUAUAUCACCUGACUCGGAAGUGAAAAUAGAAAUAACUCCCAAUUGUAUUAUUUUGACAUUUCAUCAGUGUAUAACGAUCAAAGAUGGGAGCGCUGUUUCGCAGCGAGGAGAUGACCCUGUGUCAGCUCUUCCUGCAGUCAGAGGCUGCCUAUGCCUGUGUGUCAGAACUUGGUGAGCUUGGACUUGUGCAGUUUAAAGAUCUAAAUCCUGAAGUGAAUGCUUUCCAAAGGAAGUUUGUCAAUGAAAUAAUGAGGUGUGAGGAAAUGGAAAGAAAAUUGAGGUAUAUUGAGAAAGAGCUAAAGAAGGACAAGCUAAAUAUACCGGACUCUGACUCUAAUCCGAAAGCUCCGGCACCGAAAGAAAUGGUAGAUCUGGAGGCAACAUUUGAAAAAAUAGAGUCAGAGUUACGUGAGGUAAACACCAAUGCCGAAGCUUUGAAACGUAAUUUCCUCGAACUAACAGAGUUGCAGCAAGUCUUGAUAAAAACACAGACAUUCUUCAGAGAGCAAGAUUACCAGCUUGAGCAAGGUCAUGGACAUCACAGCAUUGUAGAUGAUGCUCAGCAUGCACUUGUAGCUGAUGAGAGGAUGGGAACCUCAGUACAACUAGGGUUUAUGGCAGGUGUAAUCCCUAGAGAGAAGGUGCCUGCCUUCGAAAGAAUGCUGUGGUUUGCUUGCCGUGGUAACGUGUUUCUGCGAUAUGAAGAAAUCAAUAUGCCACUAGAAGACCCACAUACAGGUGAUGCUAUACACAAGGGAGUGUUCAUCAUAUUUUUCCAGGGAGAUCAACUCAAACAGAGGGUCAGAAAAAUCUGUGAAGGAUUUCGUGCCACCCUGUACCCAUGCCCAGAGAGUUCUCAAGAGAGACAAGAAAUGUUGAAUGGAGUUAGCACAAGGCUUCAGGAUCUUAAUAUUGUUCUAAAGCAGACGAAGGAGCACCGUUACCGAGUCUUGUUAAAUGCCCAGAAAGAAAUACACAACUGGAUUAUCAAAGUGAAGAAGAUCAAGGCUAUCUAUCACACAUUGAACAUGUGUAACUUUGAUUUCUCACGAAACAACCUGAUAGCAGAGUGCUGGGCUCCGGUCAAGGUUCUGGAAGAAGUACAAUCCGCCCUACGCCACGGACAGGAGUUAAGUGGUAGUAAUGUACCCAACAUUUUGCACCGGAUGGUAACUAAGGAGACGCCACCAACCUACUUCAUGACUAACAGGUUCACCAAGGUGUUCCAGAGUAUUGUUAAUGCUUAUGGUGUUGCCACAUACCGGGAAGUCAACCCAGCGCCAUACACGAUCAUAUCAUUCCCGUUCCUGUUUGCUGUCAUGUUUGGUGACACUGGCCAUGGCUUUAUCAUGUUCUUGUUUGGUCUAUGGAUGGUGGUCUGUGAGAAGAAGUUGUUGUCCCAGAAAUCAGACAAUGAGAUCUGGAAUAUGUUCUUUGGCGGCCGAUACAUUAUAAUGAUGAUGGGUUUGUUCUCACUGUAUACUGGUCUGAUUUAUAAUGACUUUUUCUCCAAAUCUAUCAACCUUUUUGGGUCCUCUUGGCAUCCGAACUACACACAUUCUACUUUAGACCACUCAGCAUCAUUAAAACUCAAACCUGAAGACUUCUUUAACAAUGCUACUGAUGGACCAUAUCCUGUAGGGCUGGAUCCUAUUUGGCAAGCUAGUACAAACAAGAUUACAUUUACCAACUCAUUCAAGAUGAAACUGUCCGUGAUAUUUGGAGUAUCUCAGAUGUUGUUGGGUGUAAUGCUGAGUGUCGUCAACCACAUACAUUUUGGCAACUACCUGUACGUUUUCAUCCAAUUUAUUCCUGAGGUUUUAUUCCUUUUAUGUAUAUUUGGAUACCUUUUGGCUCUUGUAUUCUUCAAAUGGAUAACCUACAAUGCACAAUGUGCAUCGUGCACACCGGCUCUUCUUAUCCAGUUUAUCAACAUGUUCUUAAUGAAGUACAAGGAACCAACGAUGGUACCAGAGGCAUACCACUGUAGUAGCAUGUUGAAUCAUACACAGAAAGAGAUGGGUUGUGACUCACAGACCCUCUUUUAUGCCAACCAGCAAACUAUACAGACAGUUUUGAUAUUGGUUGCAGUGUUAUGUAUACCAGUUCUACUACUGGUAAAACCAUUCUGGCUUCGGUACCAGCACAAUCUGAAAGUUUUGAGAAAGACUGGCCUCAGUGCCGUGUCUCACGAGCGUCUUGUACCAAACGAGGUUCCACCCGGACAGGAAUCUGUUGACCAAGGGAACGAUAAAUCCCAGUCUGGCAUAGAAUUGUCGUAUCCGGCAAAGGGAGUACAGAGUUCUGACGUGAGCGUGUCUAUCAAUGGUGGCGCUGGGGAUGCUGUGAUGACCAUAGAAAUACACGAGGUGGUUGAGGAAGUAGAAGAGGUAACAAUCUAGUUUACGUGAUUUCCAUUAUAUA